CCGGCCCGGGCGGCGACGGAGGCGGGCGAGCGGCGGGAGGCGGAGCGCGAGCGCCGCAAAGUUCCUCGGCCUUGCUCCGGGCCCGGGGGGCCGCGUGCUGCCGGCGGGAGGAGCGAAGCGGGGCUCGGAGGGCUGAAACCCGAAACCUCGCGUCCCGGGCGCGGCGCGCAGGGAGGAAGCGGCGGGGAGGCGGCCCGGCCCUGAGCAGCCGCGGCGCUUCGCUGUCCAGCAUGCUCUGCUCUGCUCGCCACAUCCCGAGGUGCACUGACCAUGAGCCUCAACUCCUCCCUCAGCUACAGGAAGGAGCUGAGCAACGUCACUGCCGCCGAGGGUGGGGAAGGGGGUGCCGUGUCUGAGCUCAUCGCCAUCAUCGUCAUCACUGUCCUCGUCUGCCUGGGCAACCUGGUCAUUGUAGUCACCUUGUACAAGAAGUCCUACCUCCUCACCCUCAGCAACAAGUUCGUCUUCAGCCUGACCUUGUCCAACUUCCUGUUGUCCGUGCUGGUGCUGCCAUUCGUGGUGACGAGCUCCAUCCGGAGGGAAUGGAUCUUCGGCGUGGUCUGGUGCAACUUCUCCGCCCUCCUCUACCUGCUCAUCAGCUCUGCCAGCAUGCUCACCCUUGGGGUCAUCGCCAUCGAUCGCUAUUACGCCGUCCUGUACCCGAUGGUGUACCCCAUGAAGAUCACAGGGAACCGCGCCGUGAUGGCGCUCGCCUACAUCUGGCUUCACUCUCUCAUUGGCUGUCUGCCGCCCCUUUUUGGCUGGUCAUCGGUGGAGUUUGAUGAGUUCAAGUGGAUGUGUGUGGCCGCGUGGCACCGGGAACCUGGCUACACCGUCUUCUGGCAGAUCUGGUGUGCCCUGUUCCCCUUUAUCAUCAUGCUAGUAUGCUACGGUUUCAUCUUCCGGGUGGCCAGGGUCAAGGCCCGAAAGGUGCACUGUGGCACGGUGGUCACUGUGGAGGAGGACGCCCAGAGGAGUGGGAGGAAGAAUUCUAGUACCUCCACUUCCUCCUCCGGCAGUAGGAGGAAUGCCCUUCAGGGAGUGGUCUACUCAGCUAACCAGUGCAAAGCCCUCAUCACCAUCCUGGUCGUCAUUGGAGCCUUCAUGGUCACCUGGGGCCCCUACAUGGUUGUCAUUACUUCAGAGGCACUCUGGGGGAAGAACUAUGUCUCCCCAACCCUGGAGACUUGGGCCACAUGGCUGUCCUUCACCAGUGCCAUCUGUCAUCCUCUCAUCUAUGGACUCUGGAACAAGACUGUCCGCAAGGAGCUCCUGGGCAUGUGCUUUGGGGACCGUUACUACCGGGAACCCUUUGUGCAGCGACAGAGGACCUCCAGACUCUUUAGCAUUUCUAACAGGAUCACAGACCUGGGCCUGUCCCCACACCUCACGGCGCUCAUGGCGGGCGGACAGUCCCUGGGACACAGCAGCAGCACUGGUGACACGGGCUUCAGUUACUCUCAGGAUUCAGGGACGGAUGUGAUGCUGCUGGAAGACAGCCCUUCUGACGACAACGCUCCCCAGUACUGCACUUGCCCACCCAAGAGGAGGAGCUCCGUGACAUUCGAGGACGAAGUGGAACAGAUCAAAGAGGCUGCCAAGAACUCCAUUCUUCACGUGAAGGCUGAGGCACACAAGUCCUUGGACAGUUACGCAGCCAGCUUGGCUAAAGCCAUUGAGACCGAAGCCAAAAUCAACUUAUUUGGGGAGGAGGCUCUGCCAGGGGUCUUGUUCACAGCACGGACUGUCCCGGGGGCGAACUUUGGGGGCCGCCGGGGCAGCAGGACUCUUGUGAAUCAGAGGCUGCAGCUACAGAGCAUCAAAGAAGGGAAUGUCUUAGCUGCAGAACAGAGAUGAAGGCUUCAGAGGGGACCGGGGCCGCAGCAGAGCUACUGGUACUGGUGCGUGUGCCAAGACCCUGGACCGUGUCACCACUCAGAGAGGGCCAGACACUGGGAAGGAAACAUCUGGUAUGCAGCCAAGAGGAUUGAAAGCACUGUCUCCAGUCUCUGACUUCAGUUGACUGCUGGAAAGGCACAUGUGAGCUGCUUCCGGGCCCCUGGCAUGGAACAAGGCUUCCCAAGCACACGUUAGAAGCAGAUGGAGAUGUGACUGGGGUUUCAGGAGGACUAGCGACAGUGGAUGUGAAAGGGAAGCCACCAGGUGGAUCUUGUCUUCACGGUGUCUAGCUGGUCUAGCU